AUGCCAACAGUGGAGGUAAGUGAAAAGUAUCGACCAUUGUUUGAAGCCGUAGUGAAGGGUGAUCGGGAAGCUGUCGAGAAAAUCCUCAAUGAAGAUCAUGAAGCAAAGACAGCCAAAGUGAUGACUAUGGGCAAAACAUCCGCUACUUUGCUCGACGUAGCGGUUAUGGUCGGACAAGAUCAAUUGGUCGAAAACCUGGUCAAGCGCUUCCCUUCAGAAUAUUAUGUUGUCAUUUUAAUAAGUGCCCUUAAUCAUGCUGUCCGAAGAGGAAGAAUAAGAAUGGUUAAGGCAUUAGUGGAUAGAGUUGAUGCGAAAUCCGAAAGUGUACCCCACGCCCUAUCGAUGGCUACUUCAUAUGCUCCUAUGCAAAAGGAGGUUAUCUGGUACCUCGCCAGGCAUACAACAUCCGCCCCGGAUCAUGGUACCAUGUCCUGCCUUAUCAUGGCCGGCCAUUUGGACAUUGGCUUGUAUUUUGCUCGCCAAUACCCAGGCUUAGCAACAUCUGAAGAUACUGAAAACAAUAGCCUGUUGGGAGACUUGGUGAAGAUGAAGUCUUAUUUCCGUAGUGGAGCUAGACUCAAUUUUUGGGAAAAAUCUAUUUACAAAUGUAUCCCUCUUUGUCUGGUUGAUACUUCAUUUGACAAUUCCAUAGACCCGAAGAUGGGUCGAGCACUCAAGUGGUUCAAGACAUCACUUUGGAAUCUUACCACAAAAUCAGCACCUUUCAUUAAAAGGAUUGGAGAGUUAAAGUUGAGGCAUCAAUGCUCGCUUGAGUUUGCAAAUCUUGCUCUUACCGAGAAGAAGACUCGAAUGCAAACUCCCGAAAUGCUCGAAUUUUUAUUGGCUUCAGGCAUUGUCCUUGACGCUGCUUCCCAUGGAAUCUUUGAAAUUGUGAGUUUAUGCCUUAAGCAUUUUCCAGAGUUGAUGUGGGAUGAAAAUUUCACAAAGGAACUGAUGAAACAAGUUGUGAGUGGACGGCAUGUUGAGUUGUUUAGACUGGUGAAUGCACACUACAUUCCAUAUUUGACUAACGAUGCUUGGGAAAAGCAUGGCCUGAUGAAGGCUACGACCGAAUGGUCACCAAGAUGUGCAACCCCAGAUGUUUCUGGGGCGGUUUUCCUUAUCCAGAGGGAACUUCAGUGGUACAAGGUGCUGGAAGAUAGGAGCGAUCCUUCUUCAAACAGUCUGGUAUUGCUUGAAGGUCCAUUGACAAAAAAGACGGGAAGGAAAACAUAUUGGGAAGUGUUUGUAGAACAACGCCAAGAUUUGUUCAAAGAGGCCGGACAAUGGAUGAAGAAUACAUCAUCAACUUGUAGCAUCGUUGCAACUAUCAUCAUCACGGUAUCUUUCUCGGCGGCUUUGAAAGUACCCGGAGGCAACAACGGUAGCACUGGGAUUCCGAUCUUUCUGAAGAAGGGCUCAUUCACGGUAUUUGCUAUUGCAGAUGCUCUCGCUCUCUUCUCCUCAGUCCCCGCUGCCUUGAUGUUCUUGGCCAUCCUAACUUCACACUACACAAUUGAAGAUUUCCUCCACUCACUACCAAGAAAAUUGAUAAUGGGCCUCACUUUUCUCUUCCUCUCUUUGGCCUUUAUAUUGGUGGCGUUUAGCUCUAUUCUCACGAUUGUCCUCAGCGAACGAUUAAAGUGGAUUUACAUCCCAAUUACCUUACUGGCUGCCUUCCCUAUAGUAUUGUUCGCAAUCCUACACCUUCCAUUAUGGGUUGAAAUGGUCGAAUCCACCUAUUGGCCUCGCCUCUAUCGUCGCAUGAAGAAGAUUUGGAAAUGAUCUCUAUUAUUAUUGGGCAAGGACACCUGCGUUGUUAUCUUUGUUUGCCCUUGUUACCAUGUGUGUUAUGUGAAUAUCAUGGUGCUUACAUGUUUUAAGACUAUUUAAGUGUGACAUCUGACAUAGUCGUACUAAGUAUAAUGUAUGCUGUCAAGUACACACUUUGUCCUAGAGUGUUGUUUGAAUUAUCCCCCCAAACGGUGAGCAAUGACUUCAUUGCUCAUCAUCGUUUUGAGGUGAACCUAAUUUUUCAAAGAAUUGGCAACAUGUAAAAUCAUCAUUGAUAAAUCUAUUUUCGGUUGAGGAUCCUUACGGAUUCACCUAA